AUGGAUCUCGCUUCCAUAUACUUCGGGCUCUUUUUGGGCGUUUUUGUGUUUACUUUUGCAAAGGCCGUGCAGCAGACUCGCGGCAUAUGGAGACGUACGCAGAGCCUUCAUCAUGGCUACCUAUACAUGAUCUGGGUUGAGGCAUGGGUAAAUUUUGUAUUCGCCCUCGUCACAUUCUUGUACCUGAACGAUAUCGUUCCGGGAAGUGUCGGGUUCUACUUAUUCACUGGUAAUGAUCAAUGGGAUAGGAAUCGUGUGAGAAACGUUUUGGCUAACAAUCAUGCAGUGGCACUAUGGGCAAUCCAGACGCAACUCUUGCCCCAAAUCAUUGCCAAUCGCGUUGCUUUGAUCAUGACCAACAAGCGCAGAGCCAGAAAGCUGAAAUGGGGCCUCGUGCUUGCUAUCGGGUGCAUCAAUAUCGCCGUUGCCUACAUAUGGACUGUCGCGCACCUAGAUGGAGCUACACCUUUUCAGAUUCAUCUUAACCUUGGGUUCGAAAAGGCGGAGAAGUCUUUCUUCCUCGUCGUUGAUCUAGCGCUCAACUUAUACUUCUUGUAUUUGGUGCGAUUCCGCCUGAUUGCCGAUGGUUUGAGCAAGUAUUGGAAGCUCUUCAACUUCAAUGCUGGUAUGGUAGUUGUGUCAACCUCUAUGGAUAUUCUGCUCCUUGGCUUCCUGAGCUUGCCAGACCCCUACUUAUACGUCCAAUUCGCCCCUCUCGCAUACAUAGUCAAGCUGUACAUCGAGCUCCUCAUGGCCAAUUUGAUCUCCAAAGUCGUGAGGAGUGGUGCGGCUGGGCGAGGAGAUGGCUACCGCGGAAGUAGCUGUCACAAAUCUAACCCAACCAACUAUAUCACUUCCCGUGUUGUCAUUAGCGGCAGUCACGCCAUGCCAAAGUCGGGUAACACGAUUUUGAGCAGCUGUGGCUCAGAGAUACAUCUAGCCACAUAUCCUGGCCCACAUGGCAUCACGAAGACAGUCGAGACUACAGUUGCGGUGGAUGAUGUCGAUGAUGGUCGCCGCAGCGAUACCACAUCUACGGUGACUCUUCUCGACAUGAAUUGUUUCAUAGCCCUCGGAUGCACCGACAGCAAGAACCAAAGUCUGCCACCCCUUGCUAAAAUCAUCAAGGACAAAUGUCUUGGAAUAUUCUUCCAACAGUCCGCCGUUUCGCUUUCCGCAUCCGCUGCUUUCACGUACUUCGGAUAUGAGGCUCAUUCUCAUGCGCUGCGGUUCAGAAGCUCGGGACCUUUUGCACCUCGCCUAACUCCAGGUACUCAGUUAUGGCCGGGCAACCCUUCUCACAAUGAGGAUCACUACUUCCCGGAAGAAAAGUAUCACCUACUCAGGCCGGAAUCGAGAGUCUUGUCCCCCCCAAAAGAAAGCGCAUUCCGGAAUCAAUGUAUCACCAUACCCAAGCCGGAAAUGGGAGCCAUGACGCCAAAGAAGGAGGCCAAAUUCAGGAGGAUGCAAAAAUUGUGGUGCGACGUAGACGUGUCACUAACUGUCUGGUCCUCAGGGUGGAGGGUUGUGCAAUGCGUGCGGCUUGAGAUGCACCAAGGCACGCAAGGAGAAUCUGAAGAAGUGAUAUAG